AACCACCCACUACCAACGCGUGAACUGCUCACAGGAACGUCUAAAUGGCGCGAAUCCCAGACCUCAUUCGAGAUUCUAAGCUAGAGACAUAUUUCCUCCCGGACUGUACAGUGGAGACGGUCCAUACGUUCCAGGAAUCAGACCAAACUUCUGGACGGCGCCUUGUGACCAGAUCGGAGCAUUGGCGGCGGCAAAGAAGGGUCGGACGUGGUGGAUUUGGUAGCGUCUGGCUGGAGAAGUGCACCAAAGGUGGGCGGCCAGAGGUCACAGCUCAAGAUGGUGCAGUCCGGGCAGUUAAGCAGAUUGACAUGGAUACGCGAUUCGGAUCGAUCGACUACAGUCGGGAGUUGGAGGCAAUUGCUAAGUUCUCGCACUCUCGCUAUGAACGAUGCUUUGUUAAGUCAUUCGGAUGGUACGAAGGACCCAGCCAGGUCUUCAUAUCAAUGGAAUACCUCGAACUCGGCGACCUUUUCAUGUAUCUAUAUAAAAAAGGACCAGUACCACCACUACCAGAGGCUGAGGCGAAAGAAAUCACAUAUCAGAUUCUCGAUGGUCUGAGUAUGAUGCAUGAAAAUGGGUUUGCUCACCGAGACUUGAAACCAAAUAAUAUCCUUAUCAAGUCACAUCCUCCAGACGAGUGGUGGAUUAAGCUCGCCGACUUUGGUAUCACCAAACGCAUCGAAGAAAGCGAUGGGAAAUCGACGACGCUAAAGGGCACCCCAAGAUAUUUUGCCCCUGAAAUUUGGGGGUUCGUUGAGCGAGGCAGUGCGUAUGCGACUGAUAUUUGGGCUCUUGGUGAGAUCGUAUUCGAGAUCUUCACCAAGGAACCUGCGUUUGCGACUCCCGGAUUGCUUGCAGAUUACAAAGAUCAACAGAACUUCCCAGUCACCAUGCUUACCGAUGCUGGUAUCAGUCAAGCAGGCGUCGACUUUGUGCUUUCACUUAUGUGUCCUGAUCCUAAUGAUCGAAUGACGGCUACAUCUGCCAUGUCAAAUGUAUGGAUACAAUCGCUAAUACUCCAAUCCCCUGAGUCCAGGAAAGCUAUUGAAGACAAGCCACGAAUUCACUCUCCAGCUACGAUAAUGACUGAAGAGUUUGCGUCAUGGACUACGAAACCUUCUUCAAAAGCACCGAAGGAUGUCUUUCAUGGCAUGCCUCGUUCAACUACCACAGAUCUGGCAAACGUUGCGCAAGGGAGCACGGCAUCGGAUAAGAAGUUAUAUUAUUCUCUAGGGACUACGGUACCAGCCGAAGCCGAGACACUUGGGCUCCGCGCGGAAGCCAAAAGCCAUCAUCGGACUGGUAACUCACUCUAUAGCCAGAAACGGUUUAAAGAGGCAGAAACCAUAUUCCGACGAGCUCUUAAGGGGCGAGAGAAGGUACUAGGCCAUGAUCAUGAAGAAACACCCGACUCUGCGUACUGGCUUGGUCAUUCACUCUAUGACCAGGGUCAGUACAAAGAGGCAGAAGUCAUGUAUCGACAAGCUCUUCAGGGGCGAGAGAAGGUGCUAGGCUAUGAUCAUGGAAAAACAGUCUACGCCAGAAAGUACAUGGAUAAUGCUCAUAGGCGAGCCCUUGGUCUUUGA